AUGGCGUAUUUCUCAAUCGUCGAAUACUUCGGGGCGAGUGAAAAGGGUAGCUGUGGUUAUUGUCGAUCGAGGCAACGAAGUAAAUCAAAGGAGACGCAGCCAGGCCCAGAUGUAAGCAUUACGGAUGACUCGAAAGUUGACUCCGGCAACUCGUACAGUUUCGGUGGAACAGCUUUUUCCUUGCAACCGGAGGACGAGCAAAUUAUUUUGGAUCGUGCAUUGGGCUAUUCCCUGACACCGAAUGCCUACCAAAUUUUAUUAGAUCGUGGCUGGCGUCGAUCCGGGCGCUACCUCUACAAGCCGACGAUGGAUAAAACGUGUUGCCCUCAAUAUACAAUCAGACUUGAUGUCACGAAAUUCAAGCUAUCGCGCACACAGCGGAAGGUCCUCCGAGUGAUGAAUGACUAUUUGAAGAACGAUCACAUUCCAAAGAGCAAAGUGAACGAAGAGGCCGGUGCACAGGCAUCCAUUUCUGGCACCGUUUCCAAAGCAAAGCCUCCAUCCAGUAAAAAGCGACACCUUGAGAGUGAUGAAUCUCCCGUAAAGAAGAAAAAGUUUAUUAGAUGUGAACGAGCUAUCAAUAGAUGGAUUGCGAAAGGACUAAAUGUCGAAGAAGAGCAACGCAAACGAAUCGAGAAAGAGAAAGCUCGGAAAAGGACCCUUGAAAGUUUUCUUCCGCAAUGGGAUGAGAGUUGGAAACAUAAAUUGGAGGUUCGUCUCGUGUCGGUUAAUUCGGAAGAAUAUCGCAACGAUGCGCAAGAGGAGUUCGAACUCUACAAGAAGUAUCAGAGUAUGAUUCAUGAAGACAAGCGCAACUCAUUCGAGGAUUUUGAACGAUUUUUGGUGAAGAGCCCGCUCACCGAUCAAACCAAGGAUAAAAUUGAACCCCACUUUGGCUCUUAUCAUGAACAAUAUCGCUUGGAUGGAAAGAUCAUUGCUGUCGGUGUCGUUGAUAUUUUGCCGAAGUGUCUUUCAAGCAAAUAUCUCUUCUAUGAUCCGGAUUAUGCUUUCUUGACCCUUGGCACUUACACGGCUUUACAUGAGAUUUCCUAUGUUCAAAGUGAAUUGUUGCCUCAUCGUGCCGAAUUGAAAUAUUACUACAUGGGGUACUACAUCAGCAGCUGUCCGAAGAUGCGAUACAAGGGGAAAUUUCAUCCAUCCGAUCUUUUAUGUGAUCACUCGUUUACAUGGGUUCCGUUGAGCGAAUGUCUCCCAAUGCUUGCAGCAAAUGAGGGAAAUUUCACGAUUUGGCGCAAAGAAAUGCCGUCGGCCACAAAGAUGGACGUUAAUAAGCUGAAUGUUGUCUACAAGCGUGAGGUUAUUUACUCCUGGGAACACGUUAAACACGUCAAUCCAGAUCUGAAUACGGAAGAGGUGACUGACAAGCUGAGAAAAUGGAGUGAAAUGGUCGGCCCGGAGGCGAAAUGCAUUGCACUGUGCCUGAGGGAAUUGAACAUG